GAUUGAAAAACAGAUAGAAUCGAUCGAUUUCAUUAUCAUUAUCAAAGAGAGUAACCAUUUCCAAAAAGGAAACAAGAUCCUUUUGGAAAGCAGCCGUCAUCAAGUUUGAGUCAUCUUCAUCGAGCAGCAUCCGACGUAAUUAAAGGUUUUUACUACAUUCCAAGACGAGAAAACCCUGAAUUUGUCUGCACCCAUCUCAAGAUUUUAGAGCCAAAAAAGGUAGAUCUUUGCUGAAUCACUCAUAGUUUUUGGAUUCAUUCGUUGUUUUCGAAGUUGGAACUGAGAAAUUCCCGAUUCUGUGUAAAUUUACCUUGCUUGUUGAGAAAAUUGAUUUUGCGAAGAGCAAGUUUCUGUUCUUCCGAUUUGCUAUGGGAGAGUGUGAAGGAGAAGAUGAUAUAAUCUCUGCUGCUAACUAUAUCAUGAAAGUACUUGAACUGAAAAGAAAUUUCACUAAUGAUACGAGGCAGUUGUUAGCAGAUCUAGGAUCCCAGUUAUGUUCCAUGGCUAAUAUGACUGAAACUGAUAAAGCUUGUGAAGAAGAUGAUGAUGGUGAUGAUGGUGCUGAAGAUUUGAGUGAGCUUGAGUAUAGGCUCAUUAGGGUUCAUGACAAAAUCAUGACUUGGGAGCUCACUCAAUCCACUAUAUGGGAUUCUGGCUCUGAUGAAGCUAAUGAUUAUUUAGAAGCAGUUAACGAAGUUCGAAAACUCACAGUGAUUCUCGAGGAUUCGAAAUUGAUCAAGAACGGGAAAGGAAACGAGCUUUUAAGAAAAGGAUAUGAUGUUCUUCAAACUUCGAUGGCUCGUCUAGAGGAAGAAUUCAUGCAUAUACUUGUUCACAACAGGGUUCCCUUUGAGCCAGAGCAUGUUUCAUUUCGAUCGAACGAAGAAGAUGUUAUGGACUCUGUUUCCACUCUUUCGUUUGACGAAUCCAUCGAAUUCGUGGCGCAAAGAGAUAGUAGCAUGAGCGUGAGCAUGAACAUCAACCGUGGCCCUGUUGAUUUGGUUCAUCCCUCGGUUAUACCAUAUCUCAAAUCGAUCGUGAAAUCGAUGUUUGAUUCGAGUUACGACAAAGAGUGUACGCAGGCAUUCGUUAGUGUUAGGAGGGAAGCGUUGGAUGAUUGUUUAUUCAUUCUUGAAGUUGAUAAAUUGAGCAUAGAAGAUGUUCUCAAGAUGGAAUGGGGAACUUUGAACUCAAAAAUCAAGAAAUGGAUGCGGGCAAUGAAGAUAUUCGUUCGGGUAAACCUUGCUAGUGAGAAAUGGCUAAGCGAUGAAAUCCUCGAGGAUUUUCAACCCGUUAGCUCGGUUUGCUUCGUGGAGUCGUCGAAAGCUUCGAUAAUGCAACUUCUAAACUUCGGGGAGGCCAUAGCUAUCGGACCACACCAACCGGAGAAGUUGAGUCGAAUCCUAGACAUGUACGAGGUUUUGGAAGAGCUUAUUCCCGAUAUAGAUUCCCUAUUUAUUGGUCAAUCGGGUUCUCAUGUUACAACCGAGUGUCGAGACAUCCUCACAAGACUCGGUACAUGCGUUAAAGUUACAUUCCUAGAAUUUCAAAACGCGGUUGCAUCAAACGUCUCACCAAAUUCUUUCGCUGGAGGUGGAAUCCACCCGCUAACAAGAUAUGUCAUGAAUUAUGUUAAUACCCUGAGUGAUUACACGGAGACGUUAAACGUUCUCCUCAAGGAAGAGGAUGGAUCCCAUUCGUAUUUCCAAUCGCUAAUCUCUGUUCUCGAAAUAAACCUCGACGAGAAGGCAAGGUUAUACAAGGAAGAAUCGCUCGGGCACGUUUUCUUGAUGAAUAACAUUCACUACAUGGCCGAAAAAGUAAAGGGAUCCGAGGUUAGAACAGUUUUAGGCGACGAGUGGAUUCGAAAACGCAACUGGAAAUUUCAACAGCACGCGAUGAAUUACGAGAUGACAACUUGGAGCUCGGUUCUGUCUUUGUUAAGGGACGAGGGGAUAAGUCAUAGUCCAAAUUCGAAUAAUUCAAUCUCGAAAAAACACCUUAAGGAGAGGCUGCAGAGUUUUUACGUCGCGUUUGAAGAUGUUUAUAAGGUUCAGAGCGGUUGGUCAAUACCCGAUACACAACUUCGAGAGGAUCUUAGAAUCUCGACGUCGCUUAAAGUAAUCCAAGCCUAUAGGAGUUUCAUCGGCAAGCAUAAAAAUACUUUGAGCGACAAGAGAAUCAAGUAUUCUGCCGACGAUCUUGAGAAUUAUAUCUUCGAUCUCUUUGAUGGUGCGCCGAGAUCACUGCAUAAUUCCCACAAGAAAUAAGGUGUUAUGAAAAUUGAAAUAAGAUCGUAACAAUAUUAUUGUUUUGUAAUAUCAGAGACUGGUUAUGUGCAAUAUAGUAUAUGGAUUUUGGCUGUUGUUAUUGCUUCUUUUCAUGUUGGUUUGUAACAACUGUUUAUAUAUUUGUGAAAGGAGAAUUAUUCGGCCUUCCAGAUUUCA